UAUCUUUUUUUCCUCUGGCUCUGGCUAACAACUGACUACUCUGAAUACCCUUUACAUCCUUUUCCCUCCAGUAUCCUUCAUUUCAGUGAAACGAUAGAAUGUCCGACACGUGGACCGAGAUCCAAGAACACAAGCGCCGUCAGGAAAGAUUUCGUGAUCGUCUUCAACGGCGAAUGAGGGAUCGCCAAGGAAGAGGUGUAGAAGACAAUGAUUCAUCAGGUACUGAUGCACCUCAACCAGAUAGAACAGAGUCCAUCCCAACAGAUCAGUCUUCUAGUGCAAAUAAACAGGCUGAUAAAGUUUUAAAAGUGGAUCCUUUGCUGGAAAACAAUCUUCUCGAGUGUCUGUGUGAUCCUUCCUUAACUUUCCCAAUAGAUUCUGUUCAACUGACAAAUUCUCUUUCCACGGAGGAUGAGAACAGUAUUUCCCACACAGCAGUAGAGAGCCUGCUUCACAAGUUUGCUGUUCAGGACUUUAUAAGUAUUAAACAUGGGACUUCACCUGAUGGAAACACUUGUACAAUAGUUACAACUACAAACCAUCUGAAGAUAGAUGCUGUUCGUAGAAAUUUUCCCACCAAAGAAGAUAAAUCAAAUUCAAAGAAGAGGAAAAGAGAAAACGAUUCCAGCAAUCCAGUGUCAUCACCAAUCAUUGCACAAACAAAACCAAGAAUUGAAUCAGCUGAUGACCUUGAGAGUCUCCUAUCAAUGCCAACCAUGAAAGAGAUGGAAAGUAAAAAAGUUGGAGAAGAAAUUUUGGAUCUUCUGAAUGUACCUUCACAUAAGGAACAAUCUACAGUUGAAAAGUUCAAGUCUCAAGGAGGAGCAUUUGUGCAUGAGUUCUGCGAUCAUGGAACAAGAGAAGACUGCAGGAAGAACAACCCCAGAGGUCAACCUUGUAGGAAGGUUCAUUUUCGAAAAAUUAUUCAGAAGCAUACAGAUGAAUCCCUUGGAGAUUGCUCAUUUCUCAAUACAUGUUUUCAUAUGGAUACUUGCAAGUAUGUUCAUUACAAGGUUGAUUAUAGUGAUGUUGAGUUGAAUAAGGAAGAGAAAGAAAAAGACAAGAGAAAAGAAGAGAAGGCAUCUUUAACAAAAACCGCAGAGGAAGAAAACCGAGUGAUACUCUAUCCACCUCAGUGGAUUCAGUGUGACAUGAGGUAUUUUGAUAUGACGGUGCUGGGCAAAUUCUCUGUGGUCAUGGCCGAUCCUCCUUGGGAUAUACACAUGGAGUUACCGUAUGGUACUAUGUCAGACGAGGAAAUGCGCAAGCUAGACGUUCCCUCCCUUCAAGACGAAGGAUACAUAUUCCUUUGGGUGACUGGUCGUGCGAUGGAACUUGGUCGAGAAUGUUUAAAGCUUUGGGGUUAUGCGGGCUGCGACGAGUUAAUCUGGGUGAAAACAAACCAGCUACAGCGCCUGAUUAGAACGGGAAGAACUGGGCACUGGCUUAAUCACGGGAAAGAGCACUGUUUGGUUGGCGUGAAGGGAGAGUGUAAAAACUUUAACAGAGGUUUGGACUGUGAUGUGCUUGUUGCUGAGGUGAGACAGACAAGUCACAAACCAGAUGAAAUCUACGGAGUGAUUGAACGGUUAGCACCCGGAACGCGGAAGAUAGGGCCUGUCUACAAGGAUGUGGGAGCCCCCAGGUCGGUGAGGUAACCUGCCUAACUGUGGUCGAAAAAUAGCCCGCGUUUACAUACAAUCUUACAACCCCGGAAUCCCGGGGUGAAGUUUCUCGAGGUUGUUAUCGCACUUGUAGUUAAGGAGUUUAAGAUGUCACUACGGCGAUGUGUGGUAAAACGUUGCCGAAAAAAAACUAAUUUAUUUUCCUAAGUUUUCCGCCAAUAGUUAGAUGCGUUAACCGUUUCUAACGGUACAACGUCUUCACCUCGGCAUAACAUGUGAAUGUACUGUUGAGUUUAAAGUAAAAGUAUGACUAAAUUGCUGUCGGGGUUUUAUUGCUAAGAGGAAGUAAAAAAAAUGGUGUUUUAACGUUUUAGCUCUCUAUGGGAUGGCUAGGAAAUGAACAAAGGUUAACACACUCGUGUUCCGCUAUUUUUUUGCUCAUUUGAUAUUUCUGUAACAUAAAUGCGACCCCGGCUAGGUGGGUCACCCCACCUAUCAUGGAAACGUGAUCAAGAUAAAAGAGGAGAUUAUAUGGACUUGCAGGUUACUCCAACUAAGCGGGUUACCUCACCUACCUAAGGUCCACUACCAUGUAAACAAGCCCUUAAUAACGGUUCUCCAUCUUUGCUCGCAUUACUGAAGUUAAAUUCCAUUCUUUUAUGGCAUGUAAACAAACGUUAGAAGAUAACUUUGUUUAUUUUUGCGUGGAAAGUUUAAACAGAAUUUCCACGAGCCUGCGUCCCGGGAAUCACUCGGGGAUCUCUCACUCGAAGAUAAAUUCGUAUGCUCACACGGCCCUUUCU